CAUCAACGCAACACGGGCGCACAGGUAGGCAUGAGAACACGCGUCCGUGGUGAAUCAGCCCUCGCGUGAAGGGAGGGGGUUCCGGAGCAAGCUUUGAGAGCAACAUGUCGACAAGCCAUUGGCCGGUAAAUGUGGCUGGGUAUGCGGGCGUCUCGACUCGGAAGCCGCUGUGGCAGAUGGCUGCGCGGAAGGAGGAAGAGGGGGAGCAGGAGGAUGGGGAGGAGGAAGGACGCACCGCUGCGCGUUCGUCGACGAGUGCAUAUAGUAGAGCAAAAUGUACAAAGCCUCGUCGAGGGAAACAACAGCCUGGUCUGCCACGGGUUGGAAGCCGAGUCGGCGAAAACGACAGCCUGGUGUUUAUGCCACGGGUUGGAAGCCGAGUCGACGAAAACGACAGCCUGGUGUUUAUGCCACGGGUUGGAAGCCGAGUCGACGAAAACGACAGCCUGGUGUUUAUGCCACGGGUUGGAAGCCGAGUCGACGAAAACGACAGCCUGGUGUUUAUGCCACGGGUUGGAAGCCGAGUCGACGAAAACGACAGCCUGGUGUUUAUGCCACGGAUUGGAAGCCGAGUCGACGAGAUUCCCAUGUUCGACAGCGUGGAGAGCGAACCUGGCGUUUUGGCGAAGAAGCAAAAAACGGUUUUAGUUUUUUGCGAGAUGAGGUGGUGGUGGGAACGGGAUGGUCGUGAAGAAUACCCCGAAAAGGCAACGAAGGAGAAGGGUACUCCACAUGCACUGGAUCUCCCGAACACCUAUUCGACCGCUCGCGAUGUGGAGGGCUACAGUGCCUACUCCGGAUCACAGAUACAGACGCUCUAGAGUACUAUGAUGGAAUACGAUAUUCUGGAGUGGACUCGCCGUCGUCGAUUCCACCCGCAGAUAGAUAAAAACAUCCAGUGAACAGCGAACGACACACAACCCCACCACACCCUCUUC